AUGAACGCCCAGAGGUCUGCUCAUUCUGAACUGUCACAUGCAGCUGGUGUCCGGCUAGUCAUCGAUCUAGCUUGUGGAACUUUGCCGGGAAGGGUCGCAAACGUGAACGCUGGUCUCGAUUUGGGCUCUAGCACCACUGUGGUCGCCUUCGGAGACGAAUACGCUGACGCCGGAAGGGAAAGCGGUAGCACUCAGGCUGCCGCUUUGGCUAACAGGUCGGGAUAG